AUGAUCGAAAAUUGGAAGGGUCAAGGACUCCUGCUUGUUCAUAAUUUUGGUUCAGAAAACCUUUAUAGAUUAAGAGGUCUUACCACAAGACACGGAGAACAGGAGUUCCAAGCUAACCCUGAGAACAGACAGGACAGAAAUUCAUCUCCCCAGCCCCGACCCCAACCCCAACCCGAAGCCCUCGACCUCUGCCCCCAUCUCCUUCUCCUCCACCUCCGCCUCCAUCUCCCCUGCCUUUCUCCUUUGCCCCCAUUUUUUUGUCCCCUACCAGAGCAGGAUCUCGGCGAUCGCAUCGCCUGCAAGAACGUGGCUGUGUCGUCCUCCUCCACUCCGUCGUCUUCGGUUCCGAUCUGUUCUCCCGACCCUCCUCCGCUCCUACGUCUCCCCUUCUUCCCUAGGGAAGGACAGAGAAAUAAUCGUCAUACUGAAGCUAUUGACGCUAGUUUACAAAUUGAUGGCGAGAUGUUGCGUAACUUCUAUGUUUGUGCUGAACUCAUCCACAUGUACGGUGGUCUGGGCUGCAUAGACUCUGCUCGCCAAGUAUUUGACGAAAUGUCUGAAAGAAACGAGGUGGUUUGGUCUUUGAUGAUUUCCAAAUACAUCCAUAAUGGAUAUGAUGGGGAGGCUAUGAGUUUGUUUUCUCGGAUGCGAUAUGAGGAAUUCUCUUUUAAUUCAUUCAUCAUGGUCAGCCUGAUUGGAUCUUCAGCUCGCCUUAUCGAUUUGAGUCUUGGUUCUUGCAUCCAUGGUUGCGUUAUAAAAAAGUGGUUUGGCAGGUGAUUCUUUCGUAAGGACCUCUUUGGUGGACAUGUAUGUGAAAUGUGGAUGUAUUAAUGGCUCUCAUCGAGCUCUUGGGGAAGUUCUUGAACCUAAUAUAGCUACAUGGAAUUCCAUUAUCUCUGGGUCAGUGAAUCGUUGCUUGUUUGGUGAUGUUGUGCGAUUGUUUAAGGAAGUCCAAUUGUUGGAUUUGAGACCUAAUUUAGUGACAAUGUUGAGUCUGAUCUCUGCUUGUGC